AUGGUGUUCAACCUCCGAACCUUCAGUUUUACCAAGUCUGUUGAAGACGAUCCUACACCUCCUAAAAGCUUCUCUCUAAGGGAGCUCCGAGUCGCGACACACAACUUUAGCCACGACAGCUUCUUGGGGGAAGGUGGAUUAUGCAAAGCUUACCGGGGGCGCUUGGCUGAUGGUUCGCUCGUGGCAGUAAAGAGAGUGCGCUACAUCGAUCAAUGGAGGGAAGAGUUCGAAGCAGAAAUACAAGUGGGAAGCACAGUUUCGACGCACCCAAACGUGCUAUGCCUGAGGGGCUUUUGCAGGACCAAGAAAGAGCUCUUACUGGUGUAUCCCUUGAUGAUCAACAAUAACCUAUCUUACAAUCUUAGAGCGAGACCUGAUCGGUCUGCCCAACCUCUCGAUUAG